CCGCCGGCGCCGGCGCCGGGUUGCUGGGCGGCGGCGCCGCUCCUGAGCGGCGGUCGGGCUUGCCGUCUCCACCUCCUCCCGUCCGUAAUCAGUGACGAGGUCCGCUACGUAAAUCCCAUCGCGGCGGGAUAAAUAAAGAAGAAAACGGGAAAGGAGGAGAACAUUGAUUACAAAUGUCUUAAUAAUGAACAAAUGUGGCAGGAAAAAAUAUAUUAAGACAAAUCUAAGACAAAUGACCAUGGAAACAAUUGAAUCUCAGCAGGAUGGAAGUGUAACAGAUUCUGUGGCAGAGAGCAAAUCUGCUCAUAUGCAGACUGAGACUGGUCAAAAUUCAUUCCCUACUUUAGCGCAGGUUUCUGUAGCUGGAUCAGGCACCGGAAGAGGCUCCCCAGCUGUAACCCUAGUACAGCUACCUUCGGGCCAAACUGUACAUGUCCAGGGAGUAAUUCAAACACCACAGCCAUCAGUUAUUCAGUCACCACAAAUACAAACUGUUCAGGUAGCAACAAUUGCAGAGACAGAUGAUUCUGCAGAAUCAGAAGGUGUAAUUGAUUCUCAUAAACGCAGAGAAAUCCUUUCACGAAGACCCUCUUAUAGAAAAAUACUGAAUGAACUUUCCUCUGAUGUGCCUGGUGUUCCCAAGAUUGAAGAAGAAAAAUCUGAGGAAGAAGGAACGCCGCCUAGCAUCGCUACCAUGGCAGUACCAACUAGCAUAUAUCAGACUAGCACGGGGCAAUACAUUGCUAUAGCCCAAGGUGGAACAAUCCAGAUUUCUAACCCAGGAUCUGAUGGUGUUCAGGGACUACAGGCAUUAACAAUGACAAAUUCAGGAGCUCCUCCACCAGGUGCUACAAUUGUACAGUAUGCAGCACAAUCAGCUGAUGGCACACAGCAAUUCUUUGUCCCAGGCAGCCAGGUUGUUGUUCAAGAUGAGGAAACUGAACUUGCCCCAAAUCACAUGGCUGCUGCCACCGGUGACAUGCCAACUUACCAGAUCCGAGCCCCAACGUCUGCUUUGCCACAGGGAGUAGUGAUGGCGGCUUCACCAGGAAGCUUGCACAGUCCCCAGCAACUAGCAGAAGAAGCCACACGCAAACGAGAGCUGAGGCUAAUGAAAAACAGGGAAGCUGCUAAAGAAUGUCGACGUCGAAAGAAAGAAUAUGUAAAAUGUCUGGAGAGUCGUGUUGCAGUGCUGGAAGUUCAGAACAAGAAGCUUAUAGAGGAACUUGAAACCUUGAAAGACAUUUGCUCUCCUAAAACAGAUUAGUAGAAAUAUUUAACUAUGAACUGAUUACAACAUGUACAGUUGCUUUUGAAGGCAAUACAAUAUAUAGCCGGCAAGAAUUAUGGCUUUUUUUUUUGUAUCAUUCAUCGUAUUCUCUAAUCUCUAACAUUCCUAAAAUGCUUCACUGUAUGUAGUUAAUUCUUAGCUGUAACUUCAAUUUUUUCAAAGAAACAAACUGUAAACAAAGUUUGUAACAAAUUCUUAAACUGCAAUAUUUGUAAGACUUGUUCCGAUGCCACAGUUCCCAAUUUACAGUUCCCAAUCUCUAUGUCAUGAAUAGUGUCCUAUGCAAUAAUUUUUUUUGCAGGUCUUUAAGAAUCAUUUUAGGAAAGGAUGAUCAAAGAUAAUGCAUCCAGCAGUACAAUAAGAGUAAACCACAUAAAAUACCUCAGGAAAGAAUUGAAAGAAAGAAUUGAAAGAAUCUAAUGACAUGCCUAUAUGAAAAUAAUAGCCUAUAAAUGAAUUUAUGGCAUUUGCAGAUUUUUUUAUAUUAGUUGCUUUGUAACGAAAAUAUUGUAUUGCUGUCUUUGAAUGCCAGAGUUAAAGAGUUUUUAAUAGAACCAUGUUGGUUACACUUCAUAGUGUGUGGUGCUCAUUUAACUAACUGAAUAUUUACUACAGUUUUUAUUCUAUUGUAUAAUAUAAAGAUAUUGCA